AUUUCUGUGCGUUUAAACGCGCUUUCUCAAAAGUUUGUCUGCUUGGAUACAAUUUGAUCAAUUCACAUUUUGACUCUUGAUCAUAUAUGACGACUCUAACUAAUAAAUUACAUAAUUAGUUAUCAUCUUUGAUAGAUAUAUAUAUAUAUAUAUAUAUCAUAUAAUCGACUAUUUUUUACAAAAAUUAGUAACGGUGUUAUUUGGAACAUUGAAAAACAUAUUUCAUACAUUCGAAUUAUAAUUAACAUCGAAAUUUUGUUGUUAAUGUCGUUCAUCAUCUUUAUUCUCGUUGAUAAUAAACUAUAGAAAAUGAGUCUGAUGAUUGUUGUUUUUAUGUGUUAUAAAAAUAUUUUACGUUGACUUUUAACAAUGGUUGCUAUAGACCAUAACGCUCACCUUUGUCAGCAUGUCAAUCACUGUACAAGUCAUUAAUAUUAUUGAUCAAUAUCAUCACUCUCACAUAUUCAUCCUCGAAUAAGUCAAAUAAAUGUUUUAGCUUAUAACAAAAAUAAUAAUUAUUUUCCUUUGUAAAAUAUAUAAAUUCUAUAAAAAUGAUUUUAAUUUUAAUUUUGUAUUGUUUUUAAAAAUAAUAUAUUAUGUUAUUAAAAUAGUAUUAGUGAAUGUGGUUGGUCAUCACCACCUCGAAAUGUAAUUAAUCAUUGUUCUCCAGUUAAUAAAUCAAUUGAACAUUUAUCAUUAAAUCCAUGUUUAACAACAAUGAAUAUAAAUUUUGAUUCAUCAAAUCAAUCAAAAAUAAUUGAAACAGAUAAUAAAUCUGUAAAAAUUGUUAAAAAUAAUAUAUUUAAAUUUGUUGAACAAUUUCAAAAUGAAAUUGAUCAAAUAAAAGAUGAAUAUAUUAUUAAAUAUACUAAAGAUCAAACAAAUAUUGAACAUGAAGUAAAUCAAUUUAUCAAUAAUGAACGAAUUACAUUUGAUAAAAUAAAUCGAUAUUUAUAUGAUAAUCGACGACAUUCAAAUAAAUCAUAUCAUAAUCAACGAAAACAUAUUCGACUUUUUUAA